AAAAAGAGAUUUGUGACUUCCCCUCACUAUAGGAAGAAGCACACUGACACAGCACAACUAUCCACCAUCUAUGAGGGAAGAGAAGAGACUCCAUCGCAAUAGUCAGGACAGGGCGGCCGGUGUUCCGGCUAUAUGUGGGAGUUCCCGCCAUCCCCGUCCUCCCUCCUAUGACAUGGCCGCCAUGGCUCUCCUCAGCUCUCUGCUCCCCGUCCUUAGAAAUUAUUAUAUCGCAGUGAAAGUCAUCCUACAACAGCUGCUGUGCCGAGCCUUCGCCUUGCCAGCAGAUCCAUAUUAAUGACUGAAGGCAUAACUGAAGAAGAGGAACACUAGGGAGACUAUGGAAGCUAAAAGCAAUGAAGUCUUUCAGCCAGAUCUAAAGCUGGUUGCCCACCCUAGGGCAAAGAGUAAAGUAUGGAAGUACUUUGGAUUUGAUACAAAUGCUGAAGGAUGCAUUCUGCAGUGGAAGAAGAUCUACUGUCGUAUAUGUAUGGCUCAGAUUGCCUAUUCUGGAAAUACUUCCAACCUUUCUUACCAUCUUGAGAAAAACCAUCCAGAUGAGUUCUGUGAGUUUGUAAAAAGUAACACUGAACAAAUGCGGGAAGCAUUUGCUACUGCUUUUUCUAAGUUAAAACCUGAAUCAUCCCAACAAGUUGUUCAGGAGUCAUUAAUAAUAAAGAACCCUCAUAGUUUUGAUGGGAAGAAGCAAAUUGAAGUGUCAUCUGCUGUAGUAAACAUGAUUUGUGAAGGUAUGUUCCCAGCUUCCAUAUUGGAUGAACCUACUUUCAAAUCCCUACUGAAAUGUCUGGAUCCAAGGUUUGACAUACCGAGCAGAAAAUAUAUAAGCAGCAGGGUUUUGCCUGAAAAAUAUCACACAGUUAGGGAUGUUUUGUUGAAAGAACUGGUUGAUGUUUUGUGGUGUGGUAUUUCUACUGAUAUGUGGAGAAAUGAUUAUCAGAAUAGGUCAUAUGUGACCCUUUUCAUUCACUUCCUGACUCCUGAUCUUUCUAGUUGUUUGUCUUUGAGCUCCCGGUGUUUAAAGACAUUUGAAGUACCUGAGGAAAACAAGGCAGAAUCAAUCACACGAGUUCUGUAUGAAACUUUUAUUGAAUGGGGAAUAAGUAACAAAGUUUUUGGUGCUACCACAGAUUACAGAAAAUACAUUAUUAAAGCAUGUUCCCUCCUGGAUAUACCUAUAGAAAUGCCUUGCUUAGGCCAAACAUUUGACAUGGGAAUACAGCAAGCUUUUCAGCUCCCAAAACUGGCAGGACUUCUUUCAAGGUGUAGGAAGUUGGUGGAAUAUUUUCAGCAGUCUUUUGUUGCACGGUACAUGCUUUGUGAGAAACAAAAACAGCAAAACACUCUUAGUUGCAUGCUUAUAAGCGAUAAAGUUUCAUGGUGGGGUAGCACACUUGCAAUGCUGCAGUGCCUUAAGGAACAGCAGUUCAUGCUAGCUGGAGUUUUGGUAGAGGACAGUAAUAAUCAUCAUCUCAUGCUUGAGGCAAGCGAAUGGAAUACCAUUGAAAGUCUGGUGGACUUGCUGCAACCUUUUAAACAAGUCACAGAAAUGCUGUCAGUGUCAAAAUAUCCCACUAUAAGUAUGGUAAAGCCUCUUUUACAUAUGCUCCUUAACACAUCAUUAAACAUCAAGGAGACUGACCUAAAAGAAAUAAGCAUGGCCAAGGAAGUCAUUGCCAAAGCUUUGUCGGCUACUUAUCAACAGACACCUGAAAUAGAUAUGUUUUUAAACGUUGCAACCUUUUUGGAUCCGAGGUACAAAAGGCUUCCAUUCCUGUCUGCAUUUGAACGUUCUCAGGUCGAAAAUCGUGUUAUCGAAGAAGCAAAAAGUUUGCUGGACAGAAAUAAAGAGCACUUAAGAACUGAGGAAAAAGUGUAUACAAUUCCACAAGAACCACCAGUAAAAAAAAUGUUGAUGUCCUCUACCACUCUUCCAUCCAGUAAUAUCAACAACAUGCUGGCUGAAAUCUUCUGCCAGUCUGGUGCUUCUGAAGACCAAGAAGAGUGCCAUGCUCAAGUGGUUGAGGAACUGAGCAAUUUUAAAUCCCAAAAAGUACUUGGAUUGAAUGAAGAUCCACUGAAAUGGUGGUCUGAUCGUUUGCAGUUAUUUCCUCUGUUGCCAAAGGUUCUCCAAAAAUAUUGGUCUAUUGCUGGCACCAGAGUAUUCCCUGGGCGUCUUUUUAGUUCGUCAUCAAAUGUUGUAAUUGCUAAGAGGAACAGAUUAGCUCCUGCUCAUGUGGACGAACAAGUGUUUUUGUAUGAGAACACAAGACAUUUUUCAGAAGCAGAACCCGAGGAUGAUUAUGAAGGAGAUUGGGGAUUCCAACAAGAACAUUUUUUUAAUUUGAAUGAAUCAGUUGGCGUAGGCAGUAGUAUAUUUUCAGUUAGGGACAGUGGGUUUGUUUAAAUGCCUGCAACUGGAUGAAUUUGCCUUUAUGAAUCUUACCAACUACCAGAAUAUGUGGGCCUACUAGUAUGUAAAAUCUAUAAAGGCUUACAUGUAUCAGUUACUGUGAUGAGUCCAUUUUAAAUGUGUAUAUUGUUUAAAAAUUACAACCAAAGCUUUGUUCUAAUGUCAUAUUUAAUAUUUAUUCUGUGUAGACUAUAUUUAAAAUAAUAACAGAAUUAGAAUAAUUUAUUACAGUAAAUGUAAAUUGUUUUAUUAGAUGUCCAGCAAAACACAUUAAAUAGUAUGUGGUCUUUUUAGAUGCCUUA